GGUGCAGCUCCAUGGUUUCGGCAGCAGAUGUGUCCUUGACGGACCCAUCAGGGGAACCUCUCUUUGACCCGGAUUCCCUACACCACCCUCGGUCAGCGGAGUGGUUGCCGUUGGAGCAUGUCUCCAAGUAUUUGGAGGCCCGCGUGCGUUGCCCCCUCUCCAAAGAGGCGCGCAACAAGCUUAGGGCUGAAUGCCCCAGACCCAUAAUUCCCAACAGGGUUUGCGAGACUCCAGCGGUAGACCCCAAAAUGACCCAAUUCCUCACCAAAUCUGGGUGGAAUCCGAGGAAGGGUCUGGAGUCGGCCCUGCGUGCCUGUCAGGACAAGCUCCUGGACGUAUUUGGCCCCCUGGCAAAGAUUUUUGACCUGGCCGAGGCUGCCAAGGCUGAGGGUAAGCAGGUAGACCCUCUAGAGCUGCGCGAGUGGGUGCAGCGCGCGAUUUGCGUGGCAGGAAACGUUAACACGUCCCUGGCCAUUGAACGGCGCAAGGCCAUACUUUUCAAGAUUGAGCCUAAACUAUCCAACUUGGCGCUUACCGAAGCCGGUAAGGAGGCCCAGGGCCUGCUGUUUGGCGAAUCUUUUAUUAAGGACUUAGGACGGUUUGUCGGUGCUUUUACAGCACUCGAUAAGGCCCAGAGUUCUAUGAAACGGGUGUUUCACGGUAGGGUCUCUACCAGGGCCGGCAGUUUCAGGGGCCGUCUGUCCGGCCGUGCCCAUUUUCAGUCCCGUACUACGGGCAGAGGCUCCUUCUCCCAGAGACCUGCGUUCCAGGAGCAGAGGCGAGAGACAUCUUCCUUUUUCCCUUCCCGGGGAGGAUCCUGGAGACCUAGAGGAUACAGAGGAAACCCUGGUUCCAGACGACCUUAUGGUUGAGACCGGCCCGGUGUGCGGUGUCUGUUGGUCUACGUCGUCGGCAGUUUGGUUCCGGCCGUUCGGUUGAUGUGGACAGGACGAGGAGCAUCCUUCGGCGCUGUUUCCGGCUCUUCCCGUUUCGCUUCCGGAUGGAAGGCGGUUGUUGUUCCAUGAUGUUCUGGACUCUUGGUUUUCCGGUUCUGUUGCAUGUUCGGACUUGAGUUACAAAGAAAGAGGAGGAUUUGCAGGCGGAGUGGCCUGUUAUACUGGGACUAUGGGGA